UUAGCCUUUUAGAGCUGUCACACCCCGUGUCAUGUGCUGCGGUUCCCCACGGAGACCCACGGCGGUGCGGAGGUCGACGAUCCACCGACUCUCUGUCCCCUCCCAUCGGCGUCCCCUGCUGCCGUGCGCAGCCACACCUGCAUUAAUCGGGGAAAGUCCGUCCGGUGGAGAGGGAGAGAGACCGAAAGGGUUCAGAGAAGCGGAGGCAGGAAGCGGAGCCCCAUCAGCUCCCAUCGCAUUACUCUGGACACUUUGAUCCGAAAAGGGAGCAGGCAUGAAGACGUGCGAUGAUUGGUGGUACUGAGACUUUGCAACCGUGGAGGACACAGCUGGAAGAUUUGGAUUAAAAAACGAACUAGACAGGCACGAUUCGGACAAAAAGAGACCGAGUUAGAACAGCUGAGCGCACAGGUGAUGGCCGCGACCCUGAAAAACCAGACUGGAAAUUCUGUGGAUAUUUGGAUUCUUUGAUUCAGAUGUUGAAGCUGUUUGGAUGAUUGGGAUUGACGUCUGUAUCGAGUUAGCAAGAGCUAAAUGAAUUUUCAAACACACGACCAAGAUACCUGAACUGUUGUGGAACCUUUGAGUAGAAGCCACAGCGGAUGCUACUACAAUACACUGAGCUCAGUCAAGUGUUUUGGUACAUUUUGUGUUCUGCAUACAUACACUUCUUCUGCAUUUUUUUCGCCAACUCAAGCCACCUUUAAGAUUAUCCGGAUACUAUACAUAGCAACCCUAUAAAACUAUAACAUAUUUUCUGCUGGUCCUGGUAAAAGUGUGUUGGCUGUUGGUGAAUGAAGAUCGGAAGCAUUAUUUGGUGGAUUCUGUUUUCUAUGUUGUGGUGGCGGCCUUAUUCAGCAGGCUGGGAGCGGCAUCAGGAUGCCUGAACUGGACAACUUCGCCCCCCUGAGGGGUGAGAGAGGUACCGAGCUGAGCUUAAAUGGUCCAGCAGACCCACUUCGGAUUCAGCACAGCAUCCUGGAAGAGCAGGUGGAGCUGUGGUGGUUCAGAGAUCCUGGGAAGUCUCUGCUCUGCUACUGCGUGGCCGUGCUUCUAAUCGUGGGCUGCGGGCUGGGCGGCGUCGGCCUUCUUUCCACCACCACCAGCGUCUCGAGCGAAUGGCGCCUGGGUGCAGGCACGGCCCUCUGCUUGCUAGCCCUGGGGGUCCUGCUCAAACAACUGCUCAGCUCGGCGGUGCAGGACAUGAAUUGCGUUCGAAGCCGACAGCGGAUCAACAUGCUAAAAAGUGGUGGUUUAUCAGACAUCCUCGUGGUUUUGAUCACAGGGCUGUCAUUGUUGAUUUGUGGAGGGGUUCUACUGAACCUGGCUCUGGCUAACCAUAUGCCAAAGCCUGGCCAAGCCCUUAAUGACAUGUACAUCUCUGGAGUGGUUUUACUAGCUGGAGGGGGCGCUGCAGUGGUGGGUGUUGGGAUAUACUCAUUUGCGGUCGUCCUGCUGGAGAGGACAAGGCACGGACGACGGUUGGUGGACCGAGUUUUGAAUAUUUUCACUGUUUCUGGACACAUGGAACGCCAGGCCCGCAGAGAGACUAACUCCAGUCUGGCUAAUCUCAUAUAAGAUGUAACUACAUCUUGCUCUUCAUGUCAAACCAUAUAGCCUCCACUAAAUUAGAGCAUUAUGUCCAACUACUACAAGAAAUCGGUUUAGAACAAGAUUCAUUCUGUUUCAUCGUUGUCACUAGCUGAUUAGACUGCAUUUGAGGCCAAACAAACUGAAGAUGUCUGCAAUAAGCACAAAACGCAGGGAUAAAAGGAUUGAAGAGUAACAUACUAAAGAGUUACAUUUGCUUUAUAUAAAGCGCUUUUUCACAAAUGGUGUUUAAAUAAAAACUUGCAAGACUACACAGAUGAAGUUGACACAGGAGAGUUAUUAGAGGGGUCAUCUAAAAAUUGGACUGUCGUGCAUUCAAGAUAAUAUAAACACGUAUCCUGUGAAAGAGUCCUUGGACACACAACUUACCACUACUUGCUCAAUUAUUGAAAGAUGAUAUGGAUAUGAGCACCAGCUGACAGGAUAAAAUGUAAAUGGAAGAUACAGUAUGAGUGAAAGAUGGGACAACAAAAAUAUAAAACAAAAACCUACUUUUAAAAUUGUCUUUUUGUUUCACACACCACCCUUUCUCUGUCCAUGUUCAUGUUAAGAUAUGAAAAUAAUGAGCCUGCAAAUGUAUGGGAUUUGAGGAUUGUCAAUACCUCACUGAUGCCACACUCCAGCCAUUUGGAAUGACUUCUCCCUGUGGUCUCAAUUUUUCCUCACGUCAAUAAUAAUUUACCAUAACUCAUGGAGUAGGGCUUUGGUGUUUGUGAUGGGCCUGGUCGGAACUUCACUGUAACAUUUGGCUGCCUACACAUGAUACAAGACAACAUGAUUGUCAGAGAAUUAUACAACAGCACUAAAGAAUGUAUGGAUCAUUUGUGAUUUUGUCCAUCAACCCAUUAUUGUUUUGACUAUUGUACUUGGUUUUCCUUAAACCUGCUUUAAUCUAUAUUUUUGAUAUAACACUAAAUGAAAUGACUCUGUAUGAUGUAAAAUUGUCAUUCACUGUGCUAAAGACAUGGAGAUUCACAAAUCAGCUGUACUGACUUUCUUAGCUUCUUUGCUUAUUGUUCAUAUUAUAUGGAGUGUCAUUCUCAUCAAGCCUUGCAAACAUUUUCAGCCAUGAAGCUCUGAUAAGCCUCACUGUACAGUAAAACACAUACAGUAGGCUACUCACCUCCUACUGGCAAACAAAGAUACUCUGGCUGAUGAACUAGCUAGCAUCUUGCUAAAGGUAUUUUCCUUAGGAUUUGGUAGAUACCAAAUACGCACUUAAGAGACUAUAUAUAGCUACUGGACUUACAUUCAUCAGAAGCCGAAAUCCAUCUUAUGGCAAUGCGUCUGUUGAGUGUCUAAGUAGACAAGUGCAGAGAUCCAUAAAGACUGGGAGGACAAUGUCAUUGUCAAUUCUUAUUU